AUGUUAAAAAAAGAAACUGUUAUAAUUAAAGAUGAUCAACCUGCUGAUACCACUACACCUCCUGGAAAAUACUCUUGGUUAAAAUAUGCAGAAAAGAUAUAUAAUGUAUUAUUUGAAACUGAAGAUGAAAAAAUGAGAAGGGCAGUAUUUGAAGGAAAUGCUUCUUUAGUAUUAGAUUUAUUGGACAAUGGUAAUGACUUAAUUAAUAAAGAUAAACAUGGAAACACCUUACUUCAUAUUGCUGUUAUGGCUAGGCAAAUUGGUAUGAUAUCUUUCUUGGUAGAUCUUGGUUUAAGUCCAAAUCAUGUUAACCACAAAGGUGAAAACAUUUUGAUGCUUGCAAUUCAAUUAGGAUUUAAUGACAUUGCUUUUGAAAUUAUGAAGUUACAAAAUUUUAAUUAUUCAACUCCAGACUUAAAUGGAGAGAGUUUGUUACAUUACUGUGCCCGUUAUGGAAUGGCUCUUAUUUGUAAAGAAAUUCUCAGGCAUAACAUUAAUAUCAAUUCUGUUGAUUUUAACAAUAAUAAUGCCCUUCAUAUUUGCUGUUCUUAUCAUUCAUUAAAUGUUGCACGAGUUCUUCUUAUCAAUGGAAUUAGAACUACUCAACGUAACUCAUUUGGUCAUAUCCCACUUGAAGACGCUGUUCAGAUGAAAGACAGAGAAAUGAUUAAGUUGAUUUUUAUUGCUAUGAGAGGAAAUAACUACUUUGCGUUUGAGAGUAUGAUUGAUGACUUGAUGAUAGGCAGAGAAGAUCCAAUUCUUUUAUUAAACAAAACUCCUAUUCAGACUAUGCACUAUGGAGAAAUACACCCUAUUUUGAGACAAGACUAA